UCUCUCCUCUCUUUCUUCUGCGCUUUAUUCUGUUCAAAUCCGCUUCUUUUACUUUGCCGUUUCACUGAGAACGAGGCUCUCUCUCUCUCUCUCUCUCCCUCGCCGAGGAAGGAGAAGUAGCUCAAAGGACCCCCACUCUAUCUCUCUCUAACUAUUUACUUUUGCUCUCUCUCUCUCUCUCUCUCUCUCAAAUCUGCCUCAUUGUCUGUCUGUGUCUACUUCAAGAACCCACAUUUGCUUAUUUUUAACCUGCACUCUCUUUCUCUCUCUCCGUCUUUCCUUUUCUUCUCAUUCUAUAAUCGAGUAUUAAGCCAUCGUUUGGUGUUUGCUUUAUCCCUGUAAGAGAGGAGGCCUGAGAAACAAAACCCGUUCCCUAAGUUUUCAUAUUUUUGUUGAGAGAGAAGGAAAAGAGCGACCAACCCAGAUUUUUGGCCUGCUUGGUUUUGGUCUGUGUCUGGUCCAGUGGGGAAACAGAAGCCAUUUUUGGUUGUAAAGUUGGAAACUUUCAUCAUUUUGGCAAGAGGGUUCAAGAGGAUUCGCAAACACAAACACACACCCAAUUUGCUUUGACAGUUCGGUUUGAUCUCUAUUGUCUUUUGGGGAAUUAGGGUUUGUUGCCCUUCUUCGUUCUCGAAUGGAUCGAAUCUUUGUUCGGCGAUUCUAAACAGAACGAGAACCAGUGGAGAAGCAAAUAACCAGCGACAAUGAGAGACGAUAACACCAAGAAAAGCAAGAUUUCCUGGUCCAAGAAAAUGAUUAGGAAAUGGUUCAAUAUCAGAAGCAAAAACGAGGAGUUUCAAGCGGAUAAACCUGUUUCUAGGGGAGUUGAGGUGGAGUACGGGAGUAGCUUCUCAGCGAGGGAGCCCUGCACAAUCAAGAAGAACAAAACUGAGAAAUUCAGCAAGAACUGGGAGCAGCAGGCUCGGCAGAGGAGAAUGAACUAUGAAAAUCCCAGGAUCAUCGAUGUACAGAACUACAGCAUCUUCGUAGCUACAUGGAACGUAGCUGGACGCUCCCCUCCUGCAGACCUGAACCUCGACGACUGGCUUCUUUCAUCAGCCCCUGCAGAUAUAUACGUACUCGGAUUUCAAGAAAUCGUUCCUCUUAACGCUGGAAACGUUCUUGGAGCUGAAGACAACGGCCCUGCCAAGAAAUGGCUUUCCCUUAUCAGGAAAACGCUCAAUAACCGCUCAGGGACUAGCGGAAGCAGCGUUUGCCAUACCCCGUCCCCUAUUCCCGUGCCCAUUGCAGAGAUAGAUGCUGACUUCUCUGGUUCGUCGAGGCAAAAGAACUCAGCUUUCUUUCACCGGCGAUCUUUCCAGACCCCGAGCAUAUGGAGAAUGGAGAAUGACCCUUCUGUUCCACAGCCACGGCUUGACCGCCGGUUCAGUGUUUGUGACCGCGUGUUCUUCAGUCACAGGCCGAGUGACUUCGACCCUAGUUUCAGGUGGAAUGGUGGUGGUGGUAGUAGUAGUGGUCAUAGACCUAGCGAUUACUCUAGACCGAGCGACUAUUACUCUAGACCGAGUGAUUAUUCUCGGGCCAGUGAUUAUUCCCGGUGCGGAUCUUCAGACGAUGACAACGGUCCCGGGGAUUCCCCAAGCACUGUCUUGCACUCACCAGGGCCCGAAGAUGGAUCUGCAUCGAACGAUAAUGGCUGCAGAAUCCCGUGGAAUUCAUCGCAGUAUUGUUUAGUGGCGAGCAAGCAAAUGGUGGGUAUUUUCCUGACAGUCUGGGUGAAAAGCGAGCUGAGAGAGCACGUCAAAAACAUGAAAGUGUCGUCUGUUGGCAGAGGAUUGAUGGGUUAUCUUGGGAAUAAGGGAUCGAUCUCCAUUAGCAUGUUACUGCACCAAACGAGCUUUUGCUUCAUCUGUAGCCACUUGACAUCGGGACAGAAAGAAGGCGAUGAGCUAAAGAGAAACUCGGAUGUCAUGGAGAUACUCAAGAAAACGAGGUUUCCACGGGUUCAGAGUUCAGAUGACGAGAAUUCCCCCGAGACCAUCCUUCAGCAUGAUCGGAUAAUUUGGCUUGGGGAUUUGAAUUAUCGGAUUGCCCUCUCGUACCGGUCUGCCAAAGCACUUGUAGAGAUGCAAAAUUGGAGGGCUUUACUGGAAAACGAUCAGCUGCGGAUAGAGCAGAAACGAGGCCGAGUCUUUAAGGGAUGGAGCGAAGGGAAGAUAUACUUCCCCCCGACAUACAAAUACUCGACUAACUCUGAUAGAUAUGCAGGAGACGAUAUGCAUCCAAAGGAGAAACGACGCACUCCUGCUUGGUGUGAUAGGAUAUUGUGGUACGGAGAAGGAUUGCAUCAGUUAUCGUACGUGAGAGGGGAGUCACGGUUCUCGGAUCAUAGACCGGUGUAUGGCAUUUUCUGCGUGGAGGUUGAGUCGGCUCACAACAGGUUGAAGCGAACCACGAGCUAUUCUACCUCGCGGGUCCAAGCCGAGGAGCUCUUACCCUACUCCCCCGGGUAUACCGAGCUCAACUUUUUCUAGAAACGAGAUGUAUAAUUCGUCCUCUAAUCCCAACGGUGUGAAGAGUUUUGUAAUUUUGUAUUGCUUAACCGAUUUCCCGUACCGGCGGUUCCGGCGUCGACCCGGUUCACCGUUUUGCUAACUCCGGCGAACUUCAUUAUAUUUACAGCAUCAUAAUUAGAAUAUGAACUGACCCAAUCAGAAAUUGCCAAGUGGACAGAUGGAAGUUCCUUCAUUCAUCAUUCUUUUAUUACCAUAGGGGAUUUCCCCCCUUUUUCUCCGAUUAAAGUGUGCAAUGGGGUUAAUCAUAUUGUAAUGUUUAUGAUACGGCUUACUUGAAAAAAAAAAUAUACAAAAAAAUAUUUUAA